ACAAAAACAUAAAUAAAACCGGCUUCUUAAUACAAACCCAAAAACAAAACCCGCUCCUUCACUUUCCCUCGCGCCUCAGCUUCUUCUCCGUCGCACGUGAGGCUCCCAACUGACUUUGAAGGAUGAGUGAGCUUCUCUUUGAUGACUUUUUUAAGGUUGAGGAUAUAGACCCAGAUGGUAAAAAGUAUGACAAGGUUUCCCGGAUCGUUGCGCGAAGCGAGAAGUAUGGCAUGUACAUGCUUCUAGAUGUAAAUACAGAAAUUUAUCCUAUCAACAGAAAGGAAAGAUUCUUGUUGGCUUUGUCUCCGUCUCUUGUUUUAAAUACCAAGGAUGGCCCAGUUUCAAUUCAAGAAAAGUUUGAAUACAUCAUGUAUGGAAGGUUAUAUGACAUUACAGCUGAUGGACUUUCACGUUCUCCACCUGAAGUAGAGGUAUAUGCAUCAUUUGGUGGACUUCAGCUGAUGCUGAGAGGUGAUCCUUCCCACUGUGUCAAGUUUGCAGUUGAUCAGAAUUUGUUUUUACUAAUAAGGAAGCUUGAAACUUGAACUGCUGAUUGUUACCUCUUGCUGAAAAGACAAAUACACUAGCAAACAAGUAUUGGUAAUUUGUAUAAGAUGAUUUGGGAGAUUAAAUUUUCGUUUUGAAUGGUUCUCUGAAGCGUUUGAGUAUAUUAAUUUUUUAGA